CAGGCGCGGGGGCUCUUGGUCGGUCGCACGGGCGCUCAAGGCUGCGCUACAACGGAGGAGACACCUGCGUCCGUGCGUCCGUCCCUCCGUCCGCUGGCUGGCGCAGCUCAGGGAGCCAGUGAGGUCCACGGAGGCGGGGUCCCUAAAACACAGGACCCAAGUUUCUUCACCAUGGGUAUGUGGUCCAUCGGUGUGGGAGCCGUAGGGGCCGCCGCUGUGGCCCUGCUCCUGGCCAACACAGACAUGUUUCUGUCCAAGCCCCGGAAAGCAGCACUGGAAUAUUUGGAAGAUAUAGACCUGAAAACGCUGGAGAAAGAACCAAGGACAUUCAAAGCAAAGGAGCUGUGGGAGAAGAACGGGGCUGUGAUCAUGGCUGUGCGGAGGCCAGGCUGCUUCCUCUGUCGAGCGGAAGCAGCAGACCUGAUGUCCUUGAAGCCCAAGUUGGAUGAGCUGGGUGUCCCUCUCUAUGCAGUGGUGAAGGAGCAGGUUAAGAGAGAAGUGGAGGAUUUCCAGCCUUACUUCAAAGGGGAAAUCUUCCUUGAUGAAAAGAAAAAAUUCUAUGGUCCAGAGAGGCGGAAGAUGAUGUUCAUGGGCCUCAUCCGUUUGGGCGUGUGGUAUAACUCCUUCCGGGCCUGGAACGGGGGCUUCUCUGGAAACCUAGAGGGCGAAGGCUUCAUCCUCGGAGGAGUGUUUGUGAUAGGGCCUGCAAAACAGGGCAUUCUACUUGAGCACCGAGAAAAAGAAUUUGGAGACAGAGUGAACCCACUCUCUGUUCUGGAAGCUGUCAAGAAGAUCAAGCCACAGACUCCAGCCUCCGGGAAGAGCUGAUCAUGUACAGCCGCCGGCUGGGGCUGGGGGGGGACGGGGCCUGUGUAGUGUUCACCAGAUGAGCUGUGCUUUCACCAUGGCCCAAGUGCUGGGAGCCCCUUGCACCAUAUUUAUUAGGAAUUGGUGAUGCAUUUUAACAUUGUCUUUUUAGGUCCCAGAGUGUUUAACAUUCUGUUUAGACCUAGUAGGGCAAAUAGGUUCCAGACAGAACAGAGUUAAAUCUAACAAACCAGUGAGCUAUUUGAGAAAAGAUCUAGAAAAUUUAAGGUUUAAUGUUAUACCUCCUGUCAAAGCAAUAUGUCCUAAGUGCUGGUAUUUGAAGUGAAUUUUACUUUCAUGCCUAAUUAAAAAAAUAUAUACCUGAAAUCUGAGAAAAGUAGAGCUAAGACGUCGGUGGUAGAGCAUUUACCUAACAUGCACAUGGCUCUGGUGGGAUACCCAGACAGAGAGACAGAGACAGACAGACAGACACUCACACACACACACACACACACACACACACACACACAAAGACAAGCUGAUGGUUGACUUGAUAAUUAGAGAAUAGAAGCCUUUUGUUUGGUGUGUUUUCCAUUAACAACUUGUUGCUGAAAGUCAGAGUUACCACAUAAAGCAAUUGCUGUGUUAUGUUCUUGGACCAAGGUAAAUUACAAAGUGAAGUUUCUUAUGGUCUUCCCUUAUGGACACAGAGAUUUGUUUCACUGGGAAAAGCUGUCACCUCCAGCUCUAAUAAAAAUAUGCAUCAGGAA